AUGUUGAGCAAUAUUGGAGGUAAAUACAAAUUGUCCAGAAGGGGAAGAAAACUUAUAAUGGCAGACGAUGCAAGGACGUUAAUGGCUCUUCCAAAAGAUGUCCCCGAGCGGAUUUGGGCUGAGAUACUUCAAAAAGAAGAAGAUGACUUGAUGAUCCUCGACAUACGAGAAGAGAUAUUAGAUGAUGCUUUAGCAAUUUGUUUUGUCAAGUACAUGCAGCGCCAGACGGCUCUCUUUACGGCUCAUUGCGCGGCGCAAGCGUGGCUUAAGCUAAUUGACUGGCACUUCUACCGUCACGAUCCUGGCGAAGAUCCGAGCGCGUACCCGCCUUGUUACAUUCCCAAAAGAAGAGAGUCAUGGAUUCCCGACGAGUUACCUGACCCCUCGCCGAAGGAUAGCUGGUGCCGUCAGGAUCUGAUUAUUCAGGAGGAGUGGCAGGAAGAAGGGCUGAAGAAGUGGCCAAGCAGUUCUUCCAUCGACAUGCCUUUGGUUGAAGAUAUAUCGGCUGAAUAUUGGUUUCCUGGAAAAGUCAACCUGCCAAUUGAACCAGAGUCUGAUCACUACACAAAAGCCAUGAGCAACGGCUCCAGCAGUGUAAUGAGUGAACCCAACAUCUGUGCCGAAAGUGAGGUCUUGCAGAAGGUCACAGACUACAGCACUGAGGACCUCUCUAUCAAGGAGUCCACGUAUAGUGCUUUGAAGACCACAACUCCCGUGGAAGGGUCCCUUCACGGUGCUGGUGAUUCUAUCGUGGAUCGACUAAGACCUAAAAGAAAAGCUACGGAUAAGAGCAAGGUUUUUAGCAGACCGAGUAUAAUGAGCCGAUCAAAGAACGCCCUUCCGCCAUUGAUCGGUGACUCCCGCUCCCGCAUCAGCAUCAUAUCAGACUGCCGUUUGAGGAACCUCAGAUUGGACGCCCAGUACGAGAUAACGUCGGAGAAGAUAGACACUCCGCCUGGAGAGAUCGUUAAACGGAAGUAG